AUGGCAAAUUCAUUGGCUGCUCUCUCACGCAGACUUUACUGUUCCCUUCUCUCAUCAAACCCCAAAAUCUUACAGCUUUCAAUGCCCUUUUGCUCCACCACCACCAACAACCUCUCCUCUCGUGAAGAAGACUCUGAAUCGGACGAGUCAGACACUAACUCAAUCCCCAACUCAACUCCCUCAUUUUCGUCAUCAUCAACAACAACAACACCUGAAGGAUCGAGGGCGCCGGGAAUGGUUCAAGAUCGUCCCCUUGAAAACGGCCUUGAUGUUGGCGUUUACAAGGCGAUAUUGGUGGGGCAGGUUGGGCAGAAUCCCUUGCAGAAGAAGUUGAAGAGUGGAAGGGAGAUAACGAUGUUCUCGAUGGGGACAGGUGGGAUUCACAAUAAUCGAAGGCCUUUGCAGAAUGAGGAUCCAAGGGAGUAUGCAAAUAGGUGUGCUGUUCAGUGGCAUCGAGUUUCAGUCUACCCAGAGAGAUUGGGACGCGUUGUAAUGCAGAAUGUUGUGCCUGGUUCAAUUAUGUAUGUGGAGGGGAAUUUGGAGACUAAAGUCUUCACUGAUCCAAUAACUGGUAUAGUACGGCGAGUAAGAGAAAUUGCAGUUCGUCAAAAUGGCCGGCUUGUCUUUCUGGGAAAAGGUGCUAAUGAUCAGCAAGCAAGUCCAUCGGAGCUGAAAGGUGCUGGUUAUUACUAG